CUCUCGUUUUCGCUUUCGCUUUCGCUUUCGAUUUCGGUUUUCGAUUCCGAUUUCGAUUUAUCACUAUAAGGUUUUUGCCGCUCUGUCGAUCGGUGUUUGAUUUCCUGUCAUUCUGAACUGAUCAAUCGGUCAAGAUUCACGGUUCGAGCGAUCGGCGACUAUUGUCGAAGGAAGGCCUUUAAUCUCGACUUCAGGUUUGCAGAUCUAGUGCCUAUGCAUAUAUCCCUUCUGCCACCGUUCUUUCUUUAUCAGCAUUGAUAGUUUAGGGUUUUCUUUUACCGCAAUCAAUCAAGAAGCUGUCAAGAUGGCUAUGGCGAUGGGAAUCGGUUCUGUGUUUUUGAGUUGUCCGUGUUCGCCCUUCGGUGUUUCGAAAUUUUUGGAAAUUUUCUAUUUAGGGCAUGGAAAUCCUGGGUUCGUUUGCGGUCAAUGAAUCGAGAAAUCGGGAGGCUCAGUGGUGUUAUGGGGAUAGGAGAUCCAGAGAUUUUGGUCUUGAUCGGUUUAUUGGAUUUGGAAUUUGGACGGUUUUCUUCAUGAAAGAUGGAUGCCGUUGGUUACAGACUACAGGGCGAUUUAUUCUUGUCAUUAAUUAAUUGUAUAUCUCUGUGUGCGUAUAGUAUGGCAAUUGUGGCGGUAAGAGUUUCAGAGAGGAGGCAGGGGUCAGGUUUUCGUCGGCAAUCCAGAGGAGGACUAGUGAACGUUAUUUGUGCUGCCUUUUGGCUUGAGGGGAGGUGCUGUCGACACCCGUGUAAGUUCUUGCACGCAGAAACAAAAUCAGUGACCUCACGACAACCUAAACAAUUCCAAGACUAUAAGUCAAGAACUUGGAAGAGGACUCCCGACAACAGCAGUAUUGUCAAGAAUUCAUCUGUUUUGUCAAGUGCCGAAGAUGGAUCUGAACAUAGUAAUGGUACUGAAAGGGUUCAAGACAAAGUUUGCCAAUAUUGGCUUCCUGGAAAGUGCGUGCAUGGUGAGGUCUGCAAAUUCUUGCACUCCUGGUCUUAUGGCAACGGGUUUUCAAUGAUCACGAAGCUAGAAGGACACUGUAAGGCUGUUAUGGGGAUUGUGCUGCCUUCUGGCUCCAACAAGCUUUACACAGGUUGCAAGGAUAAAACAAUACGGGUUUGGGACUACAAUACUGGUCAGGUGUGGAACACUCAGACGUGCAAUGAACUGACCCUUACCGGGCCAGUUGGACAAGUUCAUGCUAUGGCCACAACUGAUGAUAUGCUUUUUGCUGCGGCACAGGAUGGCACCAUAUUGGCAUGGAAAUUUAGGUCUGAAAAUGAACACCCUGAAUUAAUCGCAUCACUGAAGGUUCAUAGUUGUGCUGUUAUUUCACUUGCUAUUGGAGCAAAUAUGCUCUACUCUGGUUCCAUGGACAACACAAUAAGAGUGUGGGAUCUGAAUACCUUGCUCUGUGUCCAAACGCUACAAGGACAUACGGGUUCAGUUAUGUCUGUUCUUUGCUGGGAUAAGUAUUUGUUGUCCUGUUCAUUGGAUGGAACCAUAAAGGCUUGGGGUGCUACCGAAGCUGGGGACAUGGAGAUGAUCUACUCGCAUAAAGAAGAACACGUAUAUAAGCUCUUAAAGAACUAUCCGUUUUGUGCAUAUUUAUGUCAAUUAAUUUCUGUUUUUGUGCUAGCUGCAGCCCCCUAUUGCAUUUCCCUGCCUCUGCAUUUAUAUGUGGAUGUUUGUUUGUUUGUUGUUUCUUUCUUUUAUCUUUUAUGUUCUCCAUUUGGGAGGGUAGGUUGGGACUUAAUGCAAAGCAUAUCUGCAAAAAUUGCAUAUGAUUGUGGAAAUCUGCGUGUGUUCAGGGUGUUGUUGCUCUUUGUGGGCUUAAUGAUGCAGGGGCCAAACCUAUUCUGUUUUGCUCAUGCAACGACAACUGUGUCCGCUUGGACGGUUUUCUUCAUGACAGAUGGAUGCCGUUGGUUACAGACUACAGGGCGAUUUAUUCACGUCAUUAAUUAAUUGUAUAUGUCUGUGUGCAUAUAGUAUGGCAAUUGUGGCGGUAAGAGUUUCAGAGAGGAGGCAAGGGUCAGGUUUUCGUCGGCAAUCCAGAGGAGGACUAGUGAACGUUACUUGUGCUGCCUUUUGGCUUGAGGGGAGGUGCAGUUGACACCCGUGUAAGUUCUUGCACGCAGAAGCAGAAUCAGCGACCUCACGACAACCUAAACAAUUCCAAGACUAUAAGUCAAGAACUUGGAAGAGGACUCCCGACAACAGCAGUACUGUCAAGAAUUCAUCUGUUUUGUCAAGUGCCAAAGAUGGAUCUGAACAUAGUAAUGGUACUGAAAGGGUUCAAGACAAAGUUUGCCAAUAUUGGCUUCCUUGAAAGUGCGUGCAUGGUGAGGUCUGCAAAUUCUUGCACUCCUGGUCUUAUGGCAACGGGUUUUCAAUG